GAUUUGUAUUGAAGAAAACAACAAAUUUUAUCUUGAAUUUAAAUCUAUCGCAAUCGGCAAUAUCAUUUUCUACUAUUACGAAUUCAUUUAUACAAAUAUCGUUCAAGUAAUGUACAACUUUAUCUAACAACAGUUAAUCAACAAAUAUCGUUUCCUAUUUUCGUUACGCAUGAGGUUUACUGUUGCAUUAUCAAAGCUCAAUUUACUAUAAUAUUGUGCCUAUUAUACAUUAAGGACAAUGUCUUAUCAAUUAUAUCGAAACACAACAUUAGGUAAUACAUUACAAGAAAGCCUGGAUGAAUUGAUUCAGUAUGGACAAAUUACACCUCAAUUAGCAAUUAAAGUACUAUUACAAUUUGAUAAGGCAAUAAAUCAAGCACUUGCAACCAGAGUUAAAUCACGACUUACAUUUAAGGCUGGUAAAUUAAAUACUUAUAGAUUUUGUGACAAUGUAUGGACUUUUAUGCUUAAUGAUGUUGAAUUUCGUGAAGUCCAAGAAGUUGCAAUAGUAGAUAAAGUUAAAAUUGUUGCUUGUGAUGGAAAAACAUUGGAUGGAGAUGCAGCAACAAAGCGAUAACAUCACUUACACAUUUGAAUAUAUUAUUAUAUUAUAA